UAUAUGAUUCGUAUAUAUCUACUGUCGAUACUUACUGCUCAGCUUGAUAUACACACAAUUCAUCUUGAUCCAGGAAAAUUUGCCACAAUGACAGCAACCAAUACUCGUACCGGAGACGAAGUCUUGGAGUCUGCUCGAUCGUCUAUCAUCCGCGUAGACAUUGAGAGCCACGAAGACUUAUCUGCAGGGCCUCCAGUUUAUACCUCAAGCACUACGGCUGGCGAAGAGACUCUAGACGCCGAGGCAGUCCAGGCAGAGAAAUCUGCAGCUUCGAGUUCCAGAAAUGGAAACGAUGCUCCUGCUGUGCCUCAACCCCAGUUCGACAGUGUGAACUCGACACAUACAGAAUCCUUACACAGAGCACAUACAAGCCCGGAUAUCAGCAGACAAACCUCGUUGCCCUCUGACCUCCCGCCCGACUACUUCACUGAGCUGACGAACAAUGCUGCGAGUGUGCACAUAAAGCGUUGCAGCCUGCUACCUGAACGACCCGCGACUUGGCUUGUAAAGAGGAAGAACAUGUGUCUAUGCCCACUAUCAGCCGCUGUGUUGGUCAAGGAAGGCUUAGUCCGUCAAAAAGAUCUUGAGCUAGUCUCACGCUCAUCGGGGAUCAAGCGGGAUCCUAGCGAUCCCCUAUCCGCAGCAGCGUUCUUCACCUACGAUCUAGUCAGCGACGUCAUGCUCGGUCUCAUCCAAGGACCCGUAGAGAUCGGCCGCCAGGCAGGUCUUAGAGCCAACAAGGCCACAAAAGAGCAAGCCAACGACAACAACAACAACAAUCCAUACGCCCAGCACACCCAAACAGCACCUCAAGAAGACUCUCUAUUCAGACCGCAUACAGCGCGCAGUCUCUCAUCCCCAGCCGCCAGCACCACAACCACAACACCCUUGGACCCACGACCCUCGCGAGAAACCGAGAGCCAGAGCAUCGAAUCCAAAACGUCCAAGAGCAGCAGAUCCGCCCCCGAAGCCGCAAAACAAAUCGCCAUAGGCACGGGCAAAGGCCUCGGACAAAUCAUCGGCGCCGCCCUCAAAGCACCCAUGACCUUCUCGCACGGCAUGACGCGCGGGUUCCACAACGUGCCGAAGCUAUACGGCGAAGAGGUGCACGAGUACGAAAACGUGGUGGAUUUCCGCAGCGGCAUCUCCGUCAGCGCAAAAGGGUUCGGGCAUGGCGUGUACGGCGGGGUGGCGGAUCUGUUCGUCAAGCCCGUGCUGGGUGCGCAGGAGGACGGGCUCGCGGGGUUUGCGAAGGGCGUUGGGAAAGGGGUUGGGAAUAUUGUUUGUAAGCCGGCGGCGGGUAUGAUUGGUCUUGUGGGGUACUCGUCGGUGGGGUUGUAUAAAGAGAUUCAGAGCAUCAAUUUUGGGGGGAGAGAUGAUGCUGUGAAUGUAGUGGUGGGGUUGGGCGAGGCGGAGCUCGAGCAGGCGAGCGAUGCCGCGAGGCUGGAUAUUGUUAGGACGUGGUGCUCUGUUGUCAUGAGGAGUAAAUAA